UUGAGCUACUGCUGGGUAGAGCUCUCGACGGCCAGACCAAGCAAGCUUUGCCAACUCCUGCGCGCAGCCGUCUGCGGCAGAGUCUCAAAUUCAGCCCGUUCGCCAAUCAUCUGGCGCGGUCAUGGCAGAAUCGCAGACAAACUCACGCGCCAACACGCCAGGCGCAUCGUUGCCGGUGAAGCGCACCCUAGAAGAAGACCAUGCGCCCGCCAUAUCCUCGCCGCUCAACCCCAAUCCAGAUGCCGCGUCGCGCGCGCGCCCACGAGCUCCGCCGCGCGAGCAGCGAGAGAAGCGCGAAACGAUGAAGAAGCGUGAAGCCUCGUCCAAUACGCGCGGUAGCACGCCGAAUCCGACAUCCAAAGCGAAGAAAGAGCGACCGUCGACCGACUCCCCUAUGCGAUACUCGAUCCCAGAGCCCAAGCUUUCAGACUACCAGCAACCAAGGGAGGGCCAAUUCUCUUGGGAUCCUCCGCUCAUGGCGCCAGACGGCACACAGCUGCUGCGGCCAUUGGACCAUGCCUGGAACAAGAAGGGCUACCGAUACACACACGCUGUGGCAGAUCCGCAAUUUCGGCACAAGCAGUUCUACCGCCAGAGCGACCCAAAGCCGUACGGCCCGCGAAUGAGCCACGAGGAUACCGACCGAUGGUUCUCAUUCGACAAGGACACUGCGACUAUUGUGACGCAGGAGAAGGGCUGGCGUAUGGGCAGGGGAAAUGUCGUGGCGCGAGAAGGCAGGAUGUACUUUGAAGUCAAGAUUCUGAAGGGCAUACCUGCAGAGGGUCCUCAGGAUCCCAUUGAUCCCAAAACGGGAGAAACCAAACCAGGGCCCCACAUCCGAGUUGGAUGGGCAAGGCGAGAGGCACCGCUAGACGGUCCGGUUGGGUUUGACGGCUACAGUUACGGCAUCACAGACGCUCGCUUCGAGGUCAUGCAUCGCUCGCGGAUAUCCAAGGUCUUCAAGCCAUUACCAAAGAACGCCAAAAGCAGACACAUGAAGCCCCGCCCGCCUCAUAACAAGCCGAUGCCAGUCGAGUACGUCAGUGAUGAGCAUUUCGGAGAAGGCGAUGUCAUUGGUCUCGAGAUCCAAUUGCCCUCUUUGACGCUGCAUCGCAAGGUCGUCGAGGGCAUCUACAAUCCUGCUGUCGAUGUCGGGGAUGGUUUCGAUAUCAAAGAAACCUUCGACCCAACCGAGAAGCCACUUGACAUCAUUCGCGACCGCAUCCCCGUAGGAUACAAAGGCAACUUUCUGUUCGAACAGCUCGACUAUUCCACCUGCAAAGCGGUAGAGCUGUAUCACGACCGAGGACCCGUACCCAAGAUUAACCCAUCACCGAACCACGAGGAGGUGAGCGUUCGAUCGUUACCUCAAUCGCACAUCAAGGUAUACAAGAAUGGAAAGGAAAUGGGCAUUGCAUACGAGGGCUUGCUCGCUUUCUUACCACCAGCAAGCAUUCCAUCGGCGGAAGCUUUGAAGGCUGGCGCGAGGGUGGGAUUCGACGACGGCAUGGUGGGCUACUUCCCUACCGUCGCCGUCUUCAACAAAGGCGUCGCGCAGGUCAAUUUUGGGCCCGACUUCUGGUGUCCACCGGAAGAGAUAUUGAAGCAGCGUGAGAAGGAUACGGAGAUGCAGGGGAGUGACACAAGCGAGAAGCGGAUACCCGAAGGAAGGAAGUUGCGAGCGAUUGGCGAAAGGUACAAGGAACAGAUUGCGGAGGAUGUGGUCUGGGAUAUCAUCGACGAAGUCGAUUUCUUCGUGCAGGACGGCGGAUGGAACUACACCGGAGAGACGCCUCAGGAUGUGGCAGGCAAGUCGACGCCAAAGGCUAGGGGCUUUGCGAACCCGGAUGAAAAUGUGGGCGUGGAAGUUGGAAGGCGAUAUUGAUCUAACGGGCGCCAGUACUCGACUCUUUCAAGUAUAUCAAUGCGAAU